AUGGAUAAGAGGGAUUAUACCUACGAUAGGUGGACCAAGAGUGCGCUUAUAAAGCGCAUUAAGGUGCUCGAGGCGAACCUCCUUCGCGCUGGCGAGCAUAAAUCAGAGGUGGCUCAAGAGUCUACCACGAGUGUAGUGACAGGAGAGGAUGCUACUAGUCCACCGAAGAAGAAGAAAGUAGGGCGCAAAAUCGACCCUUCGAAAUACUCAACACGGCUUGUGGCGUUUAAACUGGCGUACUUGGGUAAGCGAUACGGCGGCUUCGAGUAUGCGUCGAGUGCCAACCUACCAUCUAUCGAGGAAGAGCUUUGGAAAGCUUUUGUCAAGGCGUGCUUGAUCUUCCCUGAGAACCCCGACGAAGUCAACUGGGACUCUUGGGAGUACUCCAAGUGCGGACGUACCGACCGUGGCGUCAGCGCGUUCGGCCAGGUCAUUGCGGUUCGGGUCAGAAGUAAUCGGCCACUCCCUAAAAAGGAGCAACCGACGGAAGCUGGUCAAGUAGACGAAAAUGGAGAGGCAGCAGAACUGGACGCAGCAGCCGAGGAGACAAAGGAGAAGUGGGAGUUCGACGACUUCACGGACGAGCUACCUUACUGCAGGCUUCUGAACAAACUCCUGCCCCCUGAUAUCAGGAUGCUCGCGUGGUGCCCCACGACCCCAGCCGACUUCUCUGCGAGGCACGAUUGCAGGGAGAGACAGUAUAGAUAUUUCUUCACCCAGCCAGCGUUCGCACCGAUACCGCAGAGCUUCGAGAACCCAGAUAACUCGUCCAAAAGGGUGAAAGGAGGUUGGCUCGACAUCGAGGCUAUGCGACAAGCGGCUAAGAAGUUUGAGGGCCUCCAUGACUUUCGAAACUUUUGCAGAGUCGACCAGAGCAAAAUCAAUAUUAACUUUGAGCGGAGAGUAUUCGAGAGCGACAUAGUAGAGGUGAAAGACGCGGAGACCGCACUACCAUUUUUAGAUCGCGAAGAGUUCAGGCCUUCAGGCAUGGACUUACCGGAGAAGCUACCCAAGGUAUACUAUUUUCACGUACGAGGGACCGCGUUUCUAUGGCAUCAGAUCCGAUGCAUGGUAGCGAUUAUCUUCACGGUUGGUCAGGGCUUAGAAGAUCCCUCGAUAGUAGACAAACUCCUCUAUUUCGAGGCGGAACCGCGAAGACCUAACUAUCAGCUUGCGGACGAAGUGCCACUGGUACUUUGGGAUUGUAUAUUCCCCAGGCCAGAGAAGCCCGAGAACGCGCUUGAAUGGGUGCACAUUGGAGAGGAGAGCCCUGGAAAUCAGCACGGGACAGGCGGCCUCUUAAAUUCUAUGUGGGAAUACUGGCGCGAACGGAAGAUGGACGAGCUAUUGGCGGGCCAACUAUUGAACAUAAUAUCCUCCCAGGCGGAUAUCAGCCUCCGCAAGGAUCCAAAGGCACCAUUACAUAUUCCAGCCACGACAAGAACGUUUGAGGGCGGCGACAGAGAGCGUCUGGUGGGCAAAUAUCAACCUCUUCUGCAGAAGCCCAGGCUCCCGUCACCGGCGGAAGUCUUCGAUCGGGAGGCGAGGAGAAAGGGUUUCGCAGACGCGGCGGAGAUGAGGGAGGCGUGGUCGAAAAGGAGAGAGGAAGCAGCAGGCGAUCUACCACCUAAAGAACUUUUACUAGAGGAGGGAACGGAAUAA